GCGUCUCCGCCUCCGCCGCCAGCCCCGGCUCAGUCCCACUGCGCGCGCCCCUCGCCCGGUCCUGCUGCGCGCGCGCGCGUCGUAGGCCCGGGGGCCCCUCUCCGCGCGCCCCUGGCCCGGCCCUAUUGCGCGCGCGCGUCCCAGGGCCUGGGCCCCACUGCGCGCGCGCCGAGGCCGCAGGGGUUUGACGCCCAGGCCCAGAGGGUCAGCCGCGCUCUCGGACACUGACGUGUCUCGGGUUGGGCCGGGACCGGGCGGUCGGGCCGGACUCGGCCUCGCCCCCCAUCCCCCGCUCGCCGCCCCCGGCGUCGCUGGCGAAACCCGAGUGCGCGUUAGGCGCGGGGCCGCGUGACGCGCACCUGUCGGGGCUGGCCGGGCGGGCGGAAGAGAAUGCGCCGGGCCCCGACCUGGCCUGAGCCCGGCCAGCAGCACCGCGCGGCCCGCUCCGCCCCCGACGUUUCCCGGAGAAGCGGCCGGCUCUGACGGGCGUGAUGAACACUGGCCUUGGCGGGGACUUGGAGAAUGGGAGAGCCAGGGAGUAAGAAUUGAACAUAUCCAGCCCUACGGCCUCAGUCUGAACAGAAGGCCAGAGAAGGGCAAGCUCCCGGCCCACUGGCUGCUUGGCACAGAAACCAGGCUGUGAGGAGGGAGAGCGAAGCUGCGACUGAAACAUUUUCCUGCGAAACAGGCGCCCAGGCGUCUGGAAGAUGCUCAUGGCGGCUGUGUGCGUGGCUCUGCUCAGCGGCUUGCAGGCCCAGGAUCUCCCCGGACAGGUCUCCAUCAUCCUGCUGGGAGCCACCGGGGACCUGGCCAGAAAGUACCUGUGGCAGGGCCUGUUCCAUCUGUACCUGGAGGAGGUGGGGAAGGGCCACCAUUUUCGCUUCCAUGGGACUGCUCUGACGAGCACCGAGCAGGGCCAAGAGGUCAUCGCCAAGGUCCUGGAGUCCCUGUCCUGCCCCGGGGACAUGGCCCCAGGUCACUGUGCUGAACUAAAGGCUCAGUUCCAGCAGCUGAGUGAGUACCGCCGGCUGAAGACGCCUGAGGACUACCUGGCCCUGAGCAAGGACAUCAAGGCCCAGGUCGAGCACGAAGGCCUCCGGGAGACUGGCCGAAUUUUCUACCUCUCAGUGCCGCCCUUUGCCUACGUGGACAUCGCCCGCAACAUCAACAGCAGCUGCCGGCCAGGCCCCGGUGCCUGGCUGCGCGUCGUGCUUGAGAAACCCUUUGGCCAUGACCUCCACUCUGCCCAACAGCUGGCUGCAGAACUGGGGAGCUUUUUCCAGGAAGAGGAGAUGUACCGGGUGGACCAUUACCUGGGCAAGCAGGUAGUGGCCCAGAUCCUGCCUUUCCGAGACCAGAACCGUGCGGCCCUGGACGGCCUCUGGAACCGGCACCACGUGGAGCGGGUGGAGGUCGUCAUGAAAGAGACACUGGACGUGCAAGGCCGCACCAGCUUCUACGAGGAGUACGGCGUCAUCCGCGACGUCCUGCAGAACCACCUGACAGAGGUCCUCAUGCUGGUGGCCAUGGAGCUGCCCGUCAACCUCAGCAGCCCGGAGGCCGUGCUGCAGCACAAGCUCCAGGCCUUCGCGGCGCUGCGGGGCCUGCAGAGGCACAGUGCUGUGCUGGGCCAGUACCAGGCCUACAGUGGGCAGGUGCGCGGGGAGCUGCAGAAGCCAGACAGCUUCCACAGCCUGACGCCGACCUUCGCAGGCAUCCUCAUUCACAUAGACAACCUCCGCUGGGAGGGCGUCCCGUUCAUCCUGAUGUCGGGCAAAGUCUUGGAUGAGAGAGUGAGCUACGUGCGGAUCUUGUUCAAGAACCAGGCAUUCUGUGUCCAGAGCGAGAAGCACUGGGUUGCUGCCCAGAGCCGCUGCCUGCCCCGACAGAUCAUCUUCUACAUCGGCCACGGCGAGCUGGGCAGCCCUGCCGUGCUGGUCAGCAGGAAUCUCUUCCGGCCGGCCCUGCCCUCUGCCAGCUGGAAGGAAGUGGAGGGCCGGCCCGGGCUGCGCCUCUUCGGCCUCCCACUCUCCGAUUACUACGCCUACAGCCCCGUGCGGGAGCAGGAUGCCUACUCCCUGCUCAUCUCUCACAUCUUCCACUGCCGGAAGGACUCCUUCGUCACCACGGAGAACCUGCUGGCCUCCUGGGUCUUCUGGACGCCCUUGCUGGACAGCCUGGCCCACGAGGUCCCGCGCCUGUACCCAGGAGGAGCAGAGAACGGACAGCUGUUGGACUUCGCGUUCAGCGGCGGCCACCUGUCCUUCUCCCAGCCGCGGCCGGAGCAGCUGGUGCCAGGGCCAGACUCCGCUCCGCUGCCCAGCGACUUCCAGGUCCUCAGGGCCAAGUACCGAGAGAGCCCGCUGAUCUCGGCCUGGCCCGAGGAGCUGAUCGCCAGGCUGGCGGGAGACAUCGAGGCUGCCGCCGUGCGGGCUGUGCGGCGCUUUGGCGAGUUCCACCUGGCACUCUCGGGCGGCUCGAGCCCGGUGGCCCUGUUCCAGCAGCUGGCCACAGGGCACUACAGCUUCCCGUGGGCCCACACGCACCUGUGGCUGGUGGACGAGCGCUGCGUGCCGCUCUGGGACCCCGAGUCCAACUUCCAGGGCCUGCAGACACACCUGCUGCAGCACGUGCGGGUCCCCCACUACAACGUCCACCCCAUGCCCGUGCACCGGCGUCAGCGUCUCUGCGCCGAGGAGGACCAGGGCACCCAGGCCUAUGCCGAGGAGAUCUCUGCCCUCGUGACCAACAGCAGCUUCGACCUGGUGCUGCUGGGCAUGGGCACCGACGGACACACGGCCUCCCUCUUCCCACAGUCGCCCGCCGGCCUGGAUGGCGAGCAACUGGUGGUGCUGACCACGAGCCCCUCCAGCCCGCACCGGCGCAUGAGCCUCAGCCUGCCCCUCAUCAACCGCGCCCGGAAGGUGGCUGUGCUGGUCAUGGGCAGGAUGAAGCGUGAGAUCGCUAUGCUGGUCAGCCGCGUGGGCCACGAGCCCAAGAAGUGGCCCAUCUCAGGCGUCCUGCCAGAUUCUGGCCAGCUGGUGUGGUACAUGGAUUAUGACGCAUUUCUGGGGUGAUGGAACUUUGCCCUUUGCUCACCCCCAUCCUCCCCUUCAUUCACCCUCUCUCUACCCUCUCAGUCCUGCCCCCCCACCCGCAUGUGCCGUCCUCUCUGGAAUCUGACACCUCAGGGUCAGGCCUCCAGUGGGGAAGGACAAGACCCUGUCCCAACCCUGCGGCAGUCCCCAUCUGGUGGUGGGCCCCCAUGGAACAAGGAAGAGACGGCAGCUCUGCUCUUGAAAAUCUACAGAUCCAAGUCAGGGGAGGAACAUCCACCUUAAAUAAAGGCCUGCAGCAGUUACAUGUGGGCAUCCACCAGCGCAAACAGGACUGUCUGAAAGCUCCCUGCUGGAGCAGGUGCAAUCAGGGAGUGGUUAACCAGGAGGUACGUGUGGGCCAGGCACCUUGGACCGCCUCCAGCAGAAAAGCAGAGCGUGAAUGGUGGAGCCCAGGUGCCCACCUUGAGCCACGAGCACCUGCUAGGACCUGCCAUCCUUUUCUUCUCCAGCCUCCAGCUCAGCCUGCUAUCCAGUCCCCUCCAGGGCCACCUCCACCUGCUCUGCAUCUCAGGUCCUGUCUUCCUAGACCUCGCCAGGGAGGUCUUCCCACCCGCUCUGCUGCUUUGCUGUCCCUCAGACACCCUAGCAACAAACGCUAGGAUGUGGAAACGGAUCCAGGAAUCUUGCGACUGUGCCGUGGAGCUCCUUUUCUCAGUAGGUGGACUUUACCAAUGGCAGGAGGCGCCGGUUCCCCAGCUCCGUCAGGGAGGACCCCUGCCCCAGGCACGUGCCCCUGUCUCCAGCCUCAGCCCUGCUGGAGCCUGUCUUUUGUGGGGCGGGCAGGCGCCAAUAGCGUGGACCUGCCACCGCAGCCAGAUAGCUCUGCGUGAAACACUGAAACACACUGGACAGAGUUGGUCAGGCCAUUCCUGGGAUCUGCAUUGAAGAGGAUCCUUUGUGUCUCAGGGGACUUCCCCAAUGAGUGUUUCCACUCUCAGUGUCCCCUCUUGUUUUACCUGAAAAGAUCAAGUUAAAUCUUUCUCUUAUGGUAACAUCUUACCUGGGGGGAGUGAGAUGUGACAUCAGGGCACCCAGACCAUCCAGGCGCUCCGACCCUCACCCAGCUGGACCCAGGCCUUCCUGGCAGGGCGGCUGCGGCCCACUUCAGCAGUGGCUGUCCACCGCCGUCCCAGGGCCUUUGCUGGUUGUCAGCACCAAGAAGGGGCGACUGCUGCCCAACCUCUCACACUACCUCGUGGAGGCAUCGGCCUCUUGUGUGCCAGCCCCUCCUGCCACUGCUCACCUCACCACUAACACAUCGCUGAAGACUUGGGGGGGCGGUCCCGGUUGAGCUUCUCAUUUAGAGUGAACGGGUGCUCCUGAGAAGCCCUGAGCCAAUAACAGCUGUUUCUCUGAAACCCCCAAGUGGUGGGGGGCAUCUACAAAAUUGUUUUAUAAAAAAGUGAAACUUCUCAAAA